AUGGUUGCAAUGAAUGAAGAUAGGACCAAGAAGGUCCUGAUCUCGUAUGCCGUUACUUCUGGACCAUUGGCAAUCUGUUUGAUUUGUUGUCUGUGCUCGUACAAGAUGGCUUUCACAAAGAACCUCAGAGCUCAUGCAGGGGAAAGAAUAUAUAGCCCACUCUUCCCACUCAUCGCCUACUCCUACCGAAAUAUCAAGUACCUCUAUAUAAUGUUCUUCGUUUUUGGAAUCUGCUCUGGAAUCUAUUUGUCAAUGGGAGUUAUUGGGAUCCUACGCAUAUUUUCUCUCGAAAUGUUUUUCGGUAUGUCGUGGGCUAUUACCUUGUACGUGGCAACAUACCAAAUGGUUAUUUCGAUCAUCUCCAUUCAUCGAUUCAUCAGCAGUCAUCAAUCUCCGGAACUCCGGAGAGAUCCGACACGAAAGAAUGUGUUCUUACUCAUCGUUUUCGUUGCCCUUUUGAUGAUUUUCAAAGAUAUUGGAAUUGGCGCUUGGAUGUUGGUUCUUGCGUUUGGGAAAGAUUUUAGACUGGAAAAACUUACUACGGUUAUGUUGUACUACUCGGUGGUCUACAUCACCCGCCAAAUCCUCCUGUUCAUCGCCACAAUCUUCCAAUUCUGCAUCUCCGAAGCACCAAAAUCUCACUCCGAGUAUUGCGUUGUCACCGACGCAAAGUACAUUGGACUCGUCAAAAUUAUUCUCGGUACUAUCUGCUUUGCAAGCUAUCUUCUCAACUUCGAAAUCACAAUAGCGUCCACUCUCUUCUUCGGAAUCGACAUGUUCCUGGUGCCAGUCGUCGUUCAGAUCACUGAAAUUCGAGCCAACCCAAAUGUGAUCAUCCCGACGGAAAUUCAACUAGAGCCACUGAUCGUCUAA